AUGUCGGAAUAUUCAGGAUCAUCAUCAGAAGAUUUAUCAUUACCCAAGGCUACAGUACAAAAGAUAAUAGGUGAGAUAUUACCUAAAGAUAUUGCUAUAUCUAAAGAUGCAAGAGAAGCAAUUACUGAAUGUAGUGUUGAGUUUAUUAUGAUGUUAAGUACACAAUCCAAUGAUAUUGCUGAAAAGGAAGCUAAAAAGACAAUUGCAUCUGAUCAUGUUGUUAAAGCAUUAGAAGAAUUAGAUUUUCAUAAUUAUUUAACAAUCAUUAAUAAGAUUUUAAAUGAACAUAAAGAAUUAUUGAAAGGUAAAGAAAAGAAGAAUAAUAAAUUCCAAAAUUCUGGUUUAAGUGAAGAAGAAUUAUUAAGACAACAAGAAGAAUUAUUUAAAAAAUCAAGAGAUAGAUUAAAUAGUCAACUGAUUCAUGAAGUGAAGUGA